GGAGCUAGCGCGGCUCGUAGGGCCGGAGGGUGUUUGCUGCUGCUGCUGCUGCUGCUGCUGCUGCUGCUAGAGUUGCGGCUUCCCUGCCUGGGCCGCGUUCUCCGAACCCCAAUCCCGGGCGCUGAGCUUGCCGCCGUUAAACAAAGAAAAACACCAGCAAAAGCACCUGAUACAGUGACCCAUCUGACAAUGUAUACAACAUUCUGCCCUGGUAGCCCCUCACUUUUCUACCGAGAGGAGGAAGGAAAUAGCCCUAUUAAUCAUUGAUGUGCUUCAGUCAGUUGAAAAGGGGAGAAAACAUAGACCAGAAGAAUGUCCACUCCUAGCUGGAAACCAUUUGUCUACGGAGGUUUGGCCUCUAUCACUGCAGAAUGUGGUACUUUUCCAAUUGAUUUAACCAAGACACGUCUCCAGAUUCAGGGACAGAAAAAUGAUGCCAAAUUCAAGGAAAUUCGAUAUCGAGGAAUGUUACAUGCAUUAGUAAGGAUAUUCAGAGAAGAAGGACUGAAAGCAUUGUAUUCUGGGAUUGCCCCUGCAAUGUUACGGCAGGCUUCUUAUGGCACAAUAAAGAUAGGUGUUUAUCAGAGUUUGAAGAGAAUGUUUGCUGAUCGACCAGAAGAUGAAACCCUCCUGUUAAAUGUCAUGUGUGGGAUUCUUUCUGGAGUUAUUUCCUCAUCCAUUGCCAAUCCAACAGAUGUUUUGAAAAUAAGAAUGCAGGCUCAAAGCAACGUGAUUCAAGGAGGAAUGAUAGGGAACUUCAUCAACAUCUACCAGCAGGAGGGAACAAGAGGACUUUGGAAGGGAGUGUCCCUUACUGCCCAGAGAGCUGCUAUUGUUGUUGGAGUGGAAUUACCAGUCUAUGAUAUCACCAAGAAGCAUCUCAUCCUCUCUGGCCUGAUGGAAGAUACUGUCUGUACACACUUUCUAUCAAGCUUCACCUGUGGUUUGGCUGGAGCUCUUGCUUCAAAUCCUAUCGAUGUUGUGAGAACACGUAUGAUGAAUCAGAGAGCCUUACGAGAUGGAACACAUUCUGGUUACAAAAGCACCCUGGAUUGCUUGUUACAGACAUGGAAGAGUGAAGGAUUUUUUGCUUUGUAUAAAGGAUUUUGGCCAAAUUGGUUGAGGCUUGGUCCUUGGAAUAUUAUUUUCUUUGUGACAUAUGAACAAUUAAAAAAAUUGGACUUGUGACAGUGAACAGAUGGCCUCAGACAUCGCUGUGACAAGGAUGCUAUUUUCAGCAACAGUAAUGCUUUCUGCUUUUCAUUGCUUGACUCAUCACAAAUUUUGAGAUGCAGGCAACAGAUCAAAAAUGACCCUCCAAGUGUUCAUGUAGAUCCCUCAGAUGCACCUCACCAAUUACCUGGAAGUACAAAGUUUGCAGUCAGAAUGUCUCUUCUUACUAUUUAAGUGUUCUUGGAUAUCCAAUGCAUAAAGGACAUGUCUUGGCUAUCAUCUUGUAGCACUCUGUAGGGGAAAAGGGAGAGCUAAGAUCGAAUUUCUUCUGUGACGAGAUGACUGUUAUAUAGCUCAGCUUUUAGCUGGCAAUAUCUUAUACAAUGAUAGGGAACAGGGGGUGGACCUAUGAUUUCAUUGGUAUAGGUAGCCCCCAGCCAAGGGACUUUGGUGUACCAAGGCAGGUCAGCAACUGCUUUGCAACUUAGAGAAUUAAUUUGGAGCAGUGACUUGCCCAGGGUCACACAGCCAGAAUGUCAGAGGAAAGGUUUGAACCCCAAUCUUCCCGUUUUCCAGGUGGGCUCUCUGUACUACUCUGUACUGUCUCUCAUGCAGCUGCAUCUUAUAUAGGGAAUAUUAAAGUGCUCUAAUGCAGAAGCCAUCACUAGCUUCUUAAUGGAGUCCCCAAAAGCUUCGUUCCUGGACUCCUGGUGACUUUGGCUUGGCAUCAUUGGAAGAGAGAACCCUGCAAGGAGUUCUGAAGCACUCGGGACUGGUUCCGCAUGGUCAACUUGAGAAUAAUCAGUGGAAACACUGUGUAGGGAGUUCAUACCUGAAAUGUUGGAGGGGUUUUGUGGUUGUUUUUAAGUUUCAUUUUUAGCCGGAUGUCUUUUAACUUCACAUUCACAAUGAAUGCAAUGCUGAUCUAUGUGGCAAAGUAUUACCAAGCAUUGGCAAUUGUACCCACUGUUGUGGCUUCAAAGAAAGUUGCCUCAAAAGGGAGUUAUUUCACUGUUUGAAGGGGUGCUGAAUUGAGCACACUCUGUAUUGGGCCUUGUCACAACUUUGCUGUUUAACUUUUUAGGAAAAGCCUAAAAACCUUCGGGUUCUUCAAUUUCCUCAUCUCUAAAAUGGGAAUGGGGUGACCUACUGAUGUACUGAAUGGCAAAUGACAUAACCCAAUCUCCACCCCUUUAAAGCCUUGUGUUGGGGGAGGUGACAAUGUUUCCUGUCUCUCUAGGCAGUUACUGUAUGGACUUGUUACAUUUCAAGACAUGAGCUAUGCCACAAUAGGGUGCUUUCCCUGGUGGUUUAACCUAGCCAUUGUUUCUCAGUACUUUCUUCCAGCAGGCUGAAAGGAAUAUAUUGAGUUAUCUGUUUUAUUGCUGAAGAUUUAAGAUUUUAUGAAGCAGAAUUUGAUUACCAAAAAUAGAAACUAAAGCAGGAUGACAAAAAAAAAACACCAAAGCACUCAUAUUAGGUGCCAAAAGCUAAGAUAAAUUCUAAGUUUCUUUGGUGAUUUCUCUCCAAGUGGCAGUAUAGGAUCACUCAGCUGAGCCCAUCUAAACCUUAGACCACUUGUUAAUAUUACCAAACCCCAUCUCAAAAUACUGUAUUUUGUAACUUUACCAGACAUUCCACCAAUAGUCUAUAGAUAAAUCAAAAGACAGAUUCCUUUUAAAUUCAAAGGACUUUCUUUUUACCUGAUUACUCACUCAAUGAUGUUUUCUUUUUUGGAUUGCACAAGACACUUUUUUUUUUUUAGGAACUGUAUAUAGUUUCCAAAACAUUAUAGACAAGUUCAUUUAUGAAGACCAAUUAUAAAAUGAUGUUGUUUUGAUCAUUCUAUGUAUUUAUCCAUUUUUCUAUUUUCAUACUAAAGUUCAUGCUAUAAUGUAAUGCUGAAGGGGUUGGGUUAAAUGAGUUCUAAGGCCUUUCUGCUCUAAAAUUCAAUGGUUUAGAUAAAAACAUUUUUUUAAAAAAGCCCCAUUUUAAAACACAUUAAAAACCUUUUAAAAGAAUGCACUAUUUUUUAAGGGCUCAGUUAUUCAGUAUUAUGAAGUACUUGAUUUGACUAGUUUUAAGCCUUAGAAUGAUUAAUGAUCAUUUUAGAAGAUUCUAGACAGAGUGGCUGAGGAAUCGGGAGAAUCCACCCUCCCCCUUGUAUGUUGUAAGGGCAUAGUUAAAGUCUUCUCCUACCCCCUACUUUUCAGUAUGAUUUUGGAGUAUGAACAAAAGAAUUUUAUGGUUUUAAAGUUGUCUUUCCUGUAACUUCUAUAACCAAAUUGCUAAAAAAUGUUUUCUGUUUGCACAUGGAUUCGUUUAGCCUUUGCUGUUAAAAGUUGCCAGUCACUGUUAAGAGAAUUGUUUCCUGUUUAUAUUUAUUUGUAAGUUUGAAUUACAGAGCUUUGUAUAAAAUUGUCAUUUUCAUAAGCUUUUCUGCCUCUAGCUUUUUAUUUACAUAUUGUCAAGUUGUUCAGAUACAAACCUUUUGUUUAAUAAACUAGGCUAAUGCAAAAAAAUGAAAAA